ACCUGUCCGUUCCAUCAAGGUGGACAAUGAGUUGAGGUCUGCUGGGGGAAACUUGCCGAUGUUCAUCCCUUUUGUUUAUAGUCACUUGAACCGUGGCAUUAGGACAAGCUUCUGGUUUGGAUAUUUAUUUGGACUUUAUACCUCUUAAAGGAAUACAAACUUGAACGCAACACCAACAAAGAUGCUUACGCUGGUCCAGCAAAUACGAGGAGUAGCGGGCAGGGAGUCCAGCACGCCACAGUUCUCCAAUAUUGUUUUCUUCAUGGUGCUGAUGAGGAAGUGACUGCAGUUCUGCCUCCAAUAUGAGUCAGCAUGGAGCCUCAGCUGGUGGCCAUGGACAUUCAAGGCCAGUGGAUGAGAGGACACACUCCCCUGCACCCAGCUGUGUGUCCAUGAAGAGCCAUCAGUCAAAGGAUGAGAUUAUCAACUUCAGAGAGGGAGGCAGUCAUCCUGAAGCCAGGCCAGUGGAUGAGAGGACACACUCCCCUGCACCCAGCUGUGUGUCCAUGAAGAGCGAUCGCUCAAAGGGUGAGGGUCCCAACUUCAGAGAGGGAGGCAGUCAUCCUGAAGCCAGCAUCCAAAAGGAAGAACAAACAAUUCAUCCGACCCUCAGCAAAGCCUAUCAAAAAGACCUGUCUACAUUAUUCAUGAAGCUUGAGGAAAAAGUCAUGACCUUCAUGAAGACGGAACUGAAGAGACUCAAGAAGCUCCUGAGUCAUGAUUACCCAGAAUCCCCUUGUGAUGAAGAGGAGGAUGAGGAGGACCAGAGAGAUGCCAGAGAUGGAGCUCUGAAGAUUGCAGUGCACAUCCUGAGGAACAUGAGUCAGGAGAUCCUCGCUCAGCAGCUGGAGAAAUAUGGACUGCUUCCUAGAUGUCAACAAGAGCUCAAAUAUAGGCUAGCAAGGAAGUGUCAGAGUGUAAGUGAAGGCAUCCCAAAGCAGGGAAAGUCUACUUUUCUGGAGAAGAUCUACACAGAGCUCUACAUCACAGAAGGGGAAAGUGUAGAGGUGAAUACUGAACAUGAAGUCAGACAGAUUGAGAUGGUAUCCAAGAGACAAGUAACAAAGGAGGAAAAAGCAAUCAAAUAUACGGACAUCUUCAAGUCCUUACCUGGACAGGACAAACCCAUCAGAACUGUGCUUACAAAGGGAGUGGCUGGCAUUGGAAAAACAGUCUCUGUGCAGAAGUUCAUUCUUGACUGGACUGAAGACAAAGCAAAUCAAAAUAUCCAUUUCAUAUUUCCUCUUCCUUUUCGGGAGUUGAAUCUGAUGAAAGACAAAAACUUCACCCUUUUGGACUUCAUUUAUCAUUUCUUCACUGAAACAAAAGACUUUGCCUUCUCCAACAAGGACCGAUACAACAUUGCCUUUAUCUUUGAUGGUCUGGAUGAAAGCAGACUUCCUCUGGAUUUCAAGCACAAUGAAUGCAUCUACAGCAUAACAGAAUCUGCCUCUGUGGAUGUCCUUCUCACAAACCUGAUCCAGGGGAAUCUGCUUCCUUCUGCUCUUGUUUGGAUCACCUCCCGACCAGCAGCAGCCAAUCAAAUCCCUCCAGAGUGUGUUAAUCAGGUAACAGAAGUCCGGGGUUUCAGUGACCCACAGAAGGAGGAGUACUUCAGGAAGAAAAUCACAGAAGAGGAACUGGCAAACAGAAUCAUCACACACCUGAAGUCAUCCAGGAGCCUCUACAUCAUGUGCCACAUUCCAGUCUUCUGUUGGAUGGCAGCCACUGUUCUGGAGAGCAUCAUGACUGAAGCAGAGAGUGGAGAGAUUCCAAACUCUUUGACUCAAAUGUACACACACUUCCUGAUCACACAAUCCAAACAUAGGAGUCAGAAGUAUGAAAACAUGUGGAACCAGAAGACCAUUCUGUCACUGGGGAAACUGGCUUUUCAACAGCUGCAGAAGGGCAAUCUGAUCUUCUAUGAUGAGGACAUGAAAGAGUGUGGAAUAGAUGUCAGACAAGCAUCAGUGUACUCAGGAGUGUGCACUCAGAUCUUCAGAGAGGAGGCUGGGCUGUACCAGGGGAAAGUGUUCUGCUUUGUUCAUCUGAGCAUUCAGGAGUUUCUAGCAGCUCUAUAUGUGUUCAUCACAUUUCAGAACAGAGGAGUCAAUGUACUGGAUCAACAGCCAAGAGGUGUUUUUUCAUUUCUGAAGACAAAGAAUGAAAACAUCAAUGACCUAUACAAGACUGCAGUGGAUCUAGCAUUAAACAGUGAGCAUGGACACCUGGAUCUUUUCCUGAGGUUUCUUCUGGGCCUCUCAUUGGAGUCCAAUCAGAAAUACUUACAAGACCUGCAGCCAAGGUCAGGAAGCAGCUCAUUACACACAGAGGAAACAGUCGAGUACAUCAAGGAGAAGAUCAGAGAAACCACCACCCCAGAGAGAUGCAUCAACCUGUUCCACUGUCUGAAUGAACUGAAUGACCACUCUCUGGUGGAGCAGGUCCAGGGCUACUUGAGGAAGGACAACAAACCCAGCAAGAAGCUCUCUCUUUCCCAGCUGUCAGCUCUGGCUUUUGUGCUGCUGAUGUCAGACCAGGAACUGGAGGAGUUUAACCUGGAGGAUUAUGGGGGACUUGGUUCACCUGCCAGAUCAGAUGCAGGUCUACUGAGGAUGCUGCCAGUGGUCAAAACAUCUAAAAUAGUCAGGCUGCAGGCUUGUUCCCUCACAGUGGAGAGCUGUGCAGCUUUAUCUUCAGCUCUCAGAUCAAACUCUUCCAGUCUGAGACAGCUGCACCUGAGUAGGAAUAAUGUGGGAGAUUCAGGAGUGGAGCUGCUUUCUACUGGACUGGAGCAUCCAAACUGUAGACUGGAGACACUGGAGCUGCAGGAUUGUUCCCUCACAGUGAAGAGCUGUGCAUCUUUAUCUUCAGCUCUCAGAUCAAACUCUUCCAGUCUGAGACAGCUGAACCUGAGUAGGAAUAAUGUGGGAGAUUCAGGAGUGGAGCUGCUUUCUACUGGUCUGGAGCAUCCAAACUGUAGACUGGAGACACUGGAGCUGCAGGAUUGUUCCCUCACAGUGAAGAGCUGUGCAUCUUUAUCUUCAGCUCUCAGAUCAAACUCUUCCAGUCUGAGACAGCUGGACCUGAGUAGCAAUAAUGUGGGAGAUUCAGGAGUGGAGCUGCUUUCUACUGGUCUGGAGCAUCCAAACUGUAGACUGGAGACACUGGAGCUGUGGGGUUGUUCCCUCACAGUGCAGAGCUGUGCAGCUUUAUCUUCAGCUCUCAGAUCAAACUCUUCCAGUCUGAGACAGCUGCACCUGAGUAGCAAUGAUGUGGGAGAUUCAGGAGUGGAGCUGCUUUCUACUGGUCUGGAGCAUCCAAACUGUAGACUGGAGACACUGGAGCUGCGGGUGUGUAAGCUCACAGAGAGGAGCUGUUCAUCUCUAGCUGCAGCUCUCAGAUCAAACCCCUCCAGUCUGAGACAGCUGGACCUGAGAUACAACCCACUGCAGCAGUCUGGAGUGAAGCUGCUCUCUGCUCUACAGAGAGACCCCACAUAUAAACUGACUGAACUAAAGUGUUAAGUGUAGAGCCAUCAGUCAUCCAUCAGUGUGAUGGAGCACAGCUGCUGCAGAUGCUGCAUCAGUCAUCCAUCAGUGUGAUGGAGCACAGCUGCUGCAGAUGCUGCAUCAGUCAUCCAUCAGUGUGAUGGAGCACAGCUGCUGCAGAUGCUGCAGUUUCCAGACACUCAGGACCAGAUGAUCCUCCAGCUGCUCCACUCAUCAUUUGGGUCAACUGCUCACUGCCACACUUUAAAGGGGCCGUUUUGUAUCAUGAUAUAUAAUCAAUACCAAUGAUGAAACCAAUAUUGAAAAGUGAUAAAUUAGUGUGUGCUCUGAUUUUAUGUAAUAUGUGAAUAAAAUGUGCUACCCUACAGUGUUGAUGAGUGCCAUCACUGACUACUUCCAAAGCCCUGCACACUCCUCCUCUCUAGAUCAAGCACCUACAGAUGCACUAUGGAAUCCCCUCUAGUUAACAUACCAGUCUGUUAUAGCUGGGUACACAGCUACACCUCACCACUAACAU